ACAUCCUGUUUUCUCUGAGUUUGCCUCUAUUCUUCCUUUUUUUCCCUUUUCUGCUUUCUUCUGGUCACAGAGUCGCUGCAAUAGCACCAAGAGCCUAUGAGGACUUGCACCGUCGACUUCCCUCACAGAUGGAAGGCUCCAAGGAAAAAAUAAUCCUGAAUAUUGGGGGAGUCAGAUAUGAGACAUACAACAGCACCCUCCAGACCUUCCCAGGGACCAAGCUGUGCAGCCUAACAGAGGCCCACGCCCCAAGUAUCUAUGACUAUGAUCCCACCAGCAAAGAAUUCUUUUUUGAUAGGAAUUCUGAGAUCUUCAGCUACGUGUUGAACUAUUACAGGACCAAACAUUUCCACUGCCCCACUGAUACCUGUAGGUCAGUUUUAGAAGAAGAAUUGGCUUUCUGGGAAAUAAAUGAGGCACAGCUGGCGUCCUGCUGCUGGAUGAAGCUGAAUAACAAAGAGGUGCAGCCAGAGGAGUUUGACAUUUGGGAUAAAAAUGAACAGACCGAUGACCAGUGCCUCAUAGUCCAGACAGAAAGGAGGGAUUUCAGCUGGCGAACCAAAUGGCAGCCAAAAAUUUGGUCUCUGUUUGAAAAACCCUUUUCCUCUUUCAGUGCUAAGUGCCUGGCUUUUGUUUCUCUGCUGUUCAUCGUUGGAAUUGUCAUCAUAUUCUGUGAGGAAACCAAGGCACAAUUUGAGUUCUUUACUGCUAACUUCACCUCUGUUGGCUACUCUGAGGUCUCUCACAAGGGCCAUGAACCUUAUUACCACCAGGCUGCCUACUUGCUUCAUCUGGAGCUUUUCUGUGUCCUCUGGUUUACUUUUGAGUUCUCAGUGCGAUGUUGUUUCUGCCCAGACAAGAAGUUAUUUUUCAAAAAUCCCCUCAAUGUGGUUGACUUCCUCUCCCUCUUCCCAGUUUAUAUUGAACUCUUUGUGGCUGGACAGAUUGAGAGAAAGCCAAGCCUGGGGCUUUGGUUGGGCUUUGUCCGCAUUGUCUAUCUCCUUAAACUCCUGAAGAUAUCCAAGCUGAUAGAAACACCACUGAUCCUGAGGGUUCUGUGCUAUACUCUCAAAUCUGUCCUCAGAGAGAUUUGCAUCCUGCUGAUGAUUUUGGCCUUUGAGACCCUCUUCUUUGGCUCUCUCUUUUUCUAUGGGGAGUUGCUGGGUAGCCAUCCCUCCUACAUAGGGGAGACACACUUCACUGACAUUCUUGUUUGCUUCUGGUGGGCUUUGAUCACACUCACUACAGUGGGCUAUGGAGAUAUUAUCCCUCUCACCACAGCUGGCCAAGUGACUGCAGCCUUAGCUGCAGUAUUUGGUUUGUUAACUGUUAUCAUCCCCAUACCCAUUUUUCUUGUAAAAUUUAAAACCUAUUACGACAUUGCUGUCUUCAAACAGAGGCUGAAAAGGAGCGAGAAACAUUAACACUUCAGAACCUCUGUUCCCCUUUGCCUUUAGCAAUAAACCUUCAGUAUGGUUUAUUGUCUUUGGUGGGAAGGAAGUGCAAAUAGUUAUUACAGCGUUUACUUGCAGACUUAGCAUAUUUCAAACCACCAGUGAGGCCUCAGGCUGUGGUACUUGGCAUGCAACUGAGCAGACCUGUUGAAUUCCAUGAGUCUUUUCCAUGUUGUACUUCAUCCUACGUUCUUAUACAUGCUAUAGUUUCUCAUCUAACUGUUUAGAGACAGGGUGUGCUGCUGCAUUAUAGCCUGAAUGUGCACCACAUAGCCCAGUUCCAUAACCCAGGACCACAGCACAUUCCCUCAGCUGGCAUACAACCCAUGAUGCUAGUGAUGCCCUCCAUCACCUGACAGUAUCAUCUCACUUCUCAUGCUGGGAAGGAAGCCUUGUGCAUGGUCUGGCUCUGACAGCAAGGAGGAAGUAGGGAUAUAAACAUAUAUAUUUCAAAAACAAUGUUCUACUCCCUCAUUUUACCUAAACAAGCCAGUACAUCUGGUUUGCCUGUACUUCACACAGACGUGAAUAAGGCAGAAUUCUGAAUUGACUCCAUGGUCCUGAGAGCCUCUGUUUAAUAACCUGUUUUGUGGGCUCACGGGAAUUGCUGUGGCAUUUGGGUAGCAGCAAGGGAGCCCUCCAAAGGCAAACCCUGUUUGCCUCUGCUGAAGUCCAGAGCAGCUUUCUCUUGACCUUAGAAAGAUGAAGAUUUCAUUGGGUAGUUCCAGUGGAUUAACACAUACCAACAGUUCUUGGUUUUUAUGUUACAAAGUCACUGAGUUAUUAGUCCAAACAUCUAUACGGUUUCUACUCUUCAAAAGGAAGAGCAUAGACUACAGUACUCAAUAUAAUUUCAAUAUCAUUUACUUUCUUAAGGCAUAGAUGUAAACAAGGAAUAUUUCUCUUUUAACUGAAUAGUCUUAAUUGUUGCCUAUGUUUCAUUUUGUAUUAAAAAAUAUUGUUGAGGUAUUAAAAUACCCUACACCCCAUUGUUUAUGUAGCAGGAUGAUGUGCUAAGAUGAUUUUGUUUAGUGAGUAAAAAUUUCUGUGUACAAUAACAUCUAUGUGUUUAAAUUUCAUUAAGGCUGUAUUUUAAUUGCAAUAUUGAUAAAGUUUUGUGUCGUGUUGUGAUUUCUCUGUUCUGGGUAGCAUU